AUGGGUAUCACCAAGGUCCACGCUCGUCAGGUCUACGACUCUCGUGGCAACCCAACCGUUGAGGUUGACGUUGUCACCGAGAAUGGCCUCCACCGUGCUAUCGUGCCGUCUGGCGCCUCUACCGGUCAGCACGAGGCUUGCGAGCUCCGUGACGCUGACAAGUCCAAGUGGCUUGGCAAGGGUGUUCUCAAGGCUGUCGAGAACGUCAACACCACCAUCGGUCCCGCUCUGAUCAAGGAGGGCAUCGAUGUCAAGGACCAGUCCAAGGUCGAUGAGUUCCUCAACGGACUUGACGGUACUACCAACAAGACCAAGCUCGGUGCCAAUGCCAUCCUCGGUGUUUCCCUGGCUAUUGCCAAGGCUGGUGCUGCUGAGAAGGGUGUCCCUCUCUACGCUCACAUCUCCGACUUGGCUGGUACCAAGAAGCCUUACGUCCUUCCCGUGCCCUUCAUGAACGUCCUCAACGGAGGAUCCCACGCUGGUGGCCGUCUUGCUUUCCAAGAGUUUAUGAUUGUCCCCACCGACGCUCCCAGCUUCUCCGAGGCCAUGCGCCAGGGUGCUGAAGUCUACCACGCCCUCAAGGGAUUGGCCAAGCAGAAGUACGGCCAGUCUGCCGGCAACGUUGGCGAUGAGGGUGGUGUCGCCCCCGAUAUCCAGACUGCCGAGGAGGCUCUCAACCUGAUCACCGAGUCCAUCGAGAAGGCUGGCUACACUGGCCAGAUGAAGAUCGCCAUGGAUGUUGCCGCCAGCGAGUUCUACAAGGAGUCUGAGAAGAAGUACGAUCUUGACUUCAAGAACCCCGACAGCGACCCUACCAAGUGGAUCACCUACGAGCAGCUGGCCGCUCAGUACAGCCAGCUCUGCGAGAAGUACCCCAUCGUCUCCAUCGAGGACCCCUUUGCCGAGGACGACUGGGAGGCCUGGAGCUACUUCUUCAAGACCCAGGACAUCCAGAUUGUCGGUGAUGACUUGACUGUCACCAACCCUCUCCGCAUCAAGAAGGCGAUUGAGCUCAAGUCCUGCAACGCCCUCCUACUCAAGGUCAACCAGAUUGGUACCUUGACCGAGUCAAUCCAGGCUGCCAAGGACUCCUACGCCGAUGGCUGGGGUGUCAUGGUCUCUCACCGCUCUGGUGAGACCGAGGAUGUCACCAUUGCCGACAUUGUCGUCGGUAUCCGAGCCGGCGAGAUCAAGACCGGUGCUCCCUGCCGCUCCGAGCGUCUGGCCAAGCUCAACCAGAUCCUCCGCAUCGAGGAGGAGCUUGGUGACCUGGCCGUCUACGCCGGUGCCAACUUCCGCAAGGCUGUCAACAUGUAA